GAAUUCUCUUUAGGUGUAAUUGAGUUCAAUCAGGCUGUUCAGCUCCAGCUGUUGAAUCAACAGCGUCUCAGUAAAACAGCAAUGCUUAUCAGAGAGCUUCUGAAAAACUGAGGGGACAACCCCAUGAAACACGUUCAACCAUGACUUUACAGCUUAAAACCAAAGCGCGACUCUUUGACCUGCACUGCUCUGUAGGCCUGACGGACUGGGACAUGGACAAGGAGCUGAAACUGGCAACAACCACCGACCAGUUUUACCACGAUGACAAACUGAAUGAUCAAUACGUGGUCCAGAGGCCUUCUGUAAGAGCUUCAAGAAGAAAAGAUGAAUUCAUUUGGUACGAUAAAACGUCAGACACCUUUGUAAAGCCAAACCUGUGGCUGUUAGUGAAUCCCAAAAUCGCCUGCCCAAUCCAGUUCGCAGAAGUUGCAACAGAUCUGCAGACUCUCUGUGAACCUGCUGAGGAAAUCCAAACCCCUCUUCUGGACCCUGCAGAGCCCCAACGUCGACUUGCCACAGAGCUCCACAUGUUUGCCCCCCAUGAUGCUCCCCUCAAGGAGGAACUACUGCACUCAGUUUCCUCCUCCACUAAGUACAUGAUCAAGAAUGAAGACGUUUCCUGUCGACCAGCCAAGAACAAGGGACGCAAGGGAAGGACCACGAAGGCCAGGGACAGUAAGACCCUGAAGCCAGGAUGCUGGCCUCGUCCACCAGUGAAUUACUGCAUCCUCAUUGCCUUGGCGCUCAAGAGUAGCCAUACUGGGAGCCUUAAAGUCCAGCAGAUUUACCACUUCACCAGAGAGCACUUCCCCUUCUUUCAGACAGCUCCAGAUGGCUGGAAGAACACCAUCCGACACAACCUGUGCUUCAACAACAGCUUCCGCAAAACUUGCAACCAGCUGUUCAGAGAUGGCAAGAGGAAGUCGUGUUCUUGGCACCUGACGGUGGACGGCCAACGCCGGCUAAAGGACGAGAUCCGCACAUUGACGGGAGAAUCCUUCAAGCAGCUGGAGAGGAGCAUGUCCCACCCAGAUGUAAUUCGGAGUUUACUUGCACUGUGAUUGCCGUUGUAAAAGGUAUCAGAGUUUAAAUCAAUGCAUAAUAAAAAUAUAUGCGCAGAA